AUGUGGAAGUACACGUUUCUGUUGGUGGCGUUAGGAGUGUUCCUAUACAAUAGUCAUCGAACAUACGGUCAAAUUUUUGGCUACGAGCCGAUUGUCGACUACCCUGCAUAUGACAAGAUUCCUUCCGGGUUGACCUUCCGAUGUGCGGAUCGGCAGCCGGGUUACUACGCGGACAUCGAAGCGCGCUGCCAGGUGUGGCACUGGUGCCUUCCGACUGGUUACAUGUUCUCCUUCCUGUGUCCCAACGGAACCGUAUUCAAUCAAGCUUAUCGCGUUUGCGACUGGUGGACCAACGUCAACUGCCCGGAGUCGGAGAAUAUGUACGGCAUUAACGAGGAUCUGUAUCGAGACGUGGAAGGUAAUCUGAUCGUCGGUUAG